AUGAAGACUGCCAGUAGAGUCUUCUAUCUCUCCGUCUUUGCCCUCUGGGCUGCUCCUGGAUCUUGCUCCAGUUCCACAGAGAAUUGCCCGAUCUCUCCCAAGUCCAUCGUUGAAGAUGCCUGUGCUUCCUACGCGACCCUCGAGAAGCUCAACGCCCGCACCAAGCCCGCCGUUGACGACCUCACCCGCAACACCGACUUCUUCUCCCACUACCGAUUGAACCUCUUCCACAAGAGUUGUCCCUUCUGGAACGACGAAAAUGGCAUGUGCGGCAACAUUGGCUGCGCCGUCGAGACGCUCGACAACGAGGAGGAUAUCCCCGAGGUCUGGCGCGCCCACGAGCUCAGUAAGCUCGAGGGCCCGCGAGCUCAGCAUCCUGGAAAGAAGGCACGCCACGAGAACCCCGACCGCCCGCUCCAGGGCAAGCUAGGUGAAGAUGUCGGCGAGAGCUGCGUUUUCGAAUACGACGACGAGUGCGACGAGCGAGACUACUGCGUCCCCGAGGACGAGAGCGCCAGCUCCAAGGGAGACUAUGUCAGCCUGCUCCGCAACCCGGAGCGCUUCACGGGGUACGCCGGCGAUGGGGCCAAGCAGGUCUGGGACGCCGUCUACCGCGAGAACUGUUUCCAAAAGAGCUCGUUCCCGCGCUCGGCGAACCUGGGCGUCUCCCAGUGGCCUCCCGGUCCCGCCGCCCAGGACUUGAAGCAAAUUCUCGAUGCCGCCGGUCGCCAGGCCCAGCUCGAGCAGCAGCGCAUCGAAAAACCAAACACCCCCUUCGUCGCCAACACUGGCUUCGAGGUCGAGGACGAGUGCCUCGAGAAGCGCGUCUUCUACCGUGUCAUGUCAGGAAUGCACGCCAGCAUCAGCAGUCAUCUGUGCUGGGACUUCCUGAACCAAACCACCGGCGAGUGGCAGCCCAACCUGUCCUGCUACGAACACCGCCUCCACAACUUCCCUGACCGCAUCAGCAAUGUCUACUUCAACUACGCUCUCCUCACUCGCGCCGUCGCCAAGCUCGGCAAGUACCUCAAGGGCGAAGAGUACACCUUCUGCACCGGUGAUCCUCAGGGUGACGCUGUUACCCGGUCCAAGGUACUGGCAGUUACUGAGCAAGCAGCCAGUGUACCCCAGAUCUUUGAUGAGAGCCUCAUGUUCGUUAACGGCGAGGGACCCUCGCUGAAGGAGGACUUCCGCAACCGUUUCCGCAACGUCAGCCGCCUGAUGGACUGUGUGGGCUGUGACAAGUGCCGCCUCUGGGGCAAGCUCCAGACCGCUGGCUAUGGCACCGCCCUGAAGGUCCUCUUCGAGCUCGACAACGACAGUGGUGACGUACCCGUCCUCAAGCGUACCGAGCUUGUGGCCCUGUUCAACACCUACGCCCGCAUCAGCAGCUCCAUGAAUGCCAUCGGGCAUUUCCGCCACCGCAUGGAGGACAAGAUCGCGGCGGAAAAGGAGGCUGAGGAGAUGACCGCUGCUGCCAAGGCGCAGGAGCUCGAAGACAUUGACCCGGACCUCCUUGAAUUCGUCCGGCUUCAGAACCAAGGACCCCGGGGCGACACAGUCGGCGACCACUUUAGUCAUGAGAUGGCUCGGUUCCGCGUGGCCGUUAAAGUGAUUAUCAAGGGUUGGAUCCGUGGUCCCAAGACAGUUUGGAACAUCCUCAAAUCUGAAUUGAUUCGGCUGUACCAGUUCUGGCUGGGUGUGCCAAUCACACCCCGCUGGUGGAAGUUUCAGCUUCCUGACCUUGAUCGAGAUGAGCUGUAA